GACACAUAUUAAUGCAACACGGUUUGUCUAGUAAACAUCCGGUGUGCCUUACAGGAUUAGGACAGCGUGAUUCGCGAAUUAAGUCUAACUGCGCCACGGUCUAAAACCACCGAUGGCAGAGGUUGGAUGGCUUAUUUAGGACCGCGACUGCGACCCUCACGCAUCUUUGUCCCCGUUGUGUCGGCUUUUAGACUCCUCUGCUCGGUCGGUAUGAAUGACAUGGGUCUGGCCAUGAGUCGUUCCUCGUUGGAGGGGCUCGACUUUGACAACGUCGCCCUCAGAAAAUUGCCAUUGGACCCGUCAGAGGAGCCGGGUGUUCGGCAGGUGAAAGGAGCCUGUUUCUCCCGGGUGAAGCCACAGCCGUUGACCAAGCCUCGUUUCGUGGCUGUGUCGCAUGAAGCCCUGUCGCUGGUGGGGUUGAGUGGAGACGAGGUUAUGGACGACCCGCUGGGACCAGAGUAUCUAAGCGGCUCCAGAGUAAUGCCUGGAUCCGAGCCAGCCGCACACUGCUACUGUGGCCACCAGUUCGGACAGUUCGCCGGGCAACUGGGCGACGGAGCGGCCUGUUACCUGGGAGAGGUGAAGGCGCCACCCGGCCAGGAACCCGAACUCCUGCGGGAGAACCCGAACGGUCGGUGGGAGAUUCAAGUGAAGGGAGCAGGAAUGACUCCUUAUUCCAGACAAGCUGAUGGCCGCAAGGUCUUGCGCUCGAGUAUAAGGGAGUUCCUGUGCAGCGAGGCCAUGUUCUUUCUGGGUGUUCCCACCACAAGAGCAGGCUCAAUAGUGACCUCUGACAGCACGGUCAUACGGGAUGUAUACUAUAGUGGAAAUGCUUGCCAUGAGAAAUGCUCUGUGGUCCUCCGCAUCGCUCCCACCUUUUUCAGGUUUGGAUCCUUUGAAAUCUUCAAGCAGGCAGAUGAGUUCACAGGCCGUCAGGGUCCCAGCUAUGGACGUGAUGAAAUUCGAAGUCAGAUGAUGGAUUAUAUCAUUGAGAUGUUUUACCCAGAGAUCCAGCAGAAUUAUCCUGACCGAGUGGAGAGAAACGUGGCUUUCUUCAGAGAGGUGAUGCUUCGCACAGCUCGACUCGUGGCACAGUGGCAGUGUAUAGGUUUCUGUCAUGGAGUGCUGAACACAGACAACAUGAGCAUCCUGGGACUCACGAUGGACUAUGGUCCAUAUGGCUUCAUGGACAGGUUUGACCCUGAUUUCAUCUGCAAUGCUUCUGAUAACUCCGGCCGUUACUCCUACCAAGCACAGCCGGCUAUCUGCAGGUGGAACCUGGUGAAGCUAGCAGAGGCUCUUGCCCCGGAGCUACCACCAGACCGGGCUGAGAGUGUUUUGGAUGAGUACCUGGAUCUGUAUAAUGGCUUCUACCUUCAGAACAUGAGGAAAAAACUGGGCUUGUUGACAAAGGAGGAGCCUGAGGAUGAAAUGCUGAUCACAGAGUUGCUGCAGACCAUGCACAACACAGGUGCUGACUUCACAAACACAUUCCGCAGCUUGAGUCACAUUUCCUGUCCCUCAGGGGGAGAAAGUGAAGGAGAGAUGGAUCUUGUUAAGAAAGCCACAGAGCUCCUGCUUGAGCAGUGUGCCUCCUUAGAGGAGCUAAAGGCUGCUAACAAACCUACGAUGGAUCCACGUGAGCUGGCGAUGCUGCUGUCUAUGGCGCAGAGCAACCCUGCACUGUUCCAGAUGAUUUCAGACAGGAGGACAUUAUCGAAGCAGCUGGACAAACUCAGCAGACUGAAAGAUCUGAUGGAGACCAGCCAGGAAGAGCUGAAAAACAAACAGAGUGAGGAGUGGACCCAGUGGAUCACAUGCUACAGGAAGCGUCUGGCUCGCGAGUUGGAGGGACAGAGUGAUGUGCAGGCUGUGCAGGAGCAGAGGGUGCGGGUAAUGGACAGCACCAACCCUCGUGUCAUACUCAGGAACUACAUUGCCCAGAAUGCAAUAGAAGCUGCUGAGAAUGGAGACUUUUCUGAAGUCCAGCGGGUCCUCAAGGUUCUGGAGAAGCCCUUUUCUUCGCAGCAGGGUCUGGAGCUUCCAGCGUGGAUGGGCAGAGGCGGUGUCUCUGAACAGGGAGAGAGGGAUGAAGGAGAGGAGCAGCAGCAGCAACAGGCUGCGUCUGUCUCCACAGCCAGAGAUCCCAUUCCUUACGACAGCAAGCCUCCUGCUUGGGCCCAUGAAAUCUGUGUCACAUGAUCUUCGUAAAAACUUUCCUGAUCGUUAGCGCGCCUGCCUAA